AUGAGUGGCUAUCCAGUUUUGCAGGUGCCUGCUGGGGCAAGAUUCAUCGCCGUGGGGGCCGCAGGGGCUGUUUUUGAAGAUAGCAAUGGAGUCAUCAAAAUCCCUAUCACCCACAAUCUCACGGGAUGUUCUGAAUCAACCAUCAAAACCAUGCAACACAUAUCAUAUAUAUCGGAUCUAUGUAUCACCCGCGAAAAGCUUAUCUACCAGACUCUGCCGAAGAACCCAAACAUCCUCGAUUGCGUCGACAUUACAGAGCAAGGCCUCCACUUUCCAUAUUAUCGAUUUGGAGACCUCCGCACCUAUCUACGUGAUAAUAAGCCGUCUGAGGAUAUUCGACAAAAGUGGAUCAAGAAUGCUAUCGAUGCUAUCACUUUUAUCCAUAGCCAUGGUGUGGUUCAUUGUGAUAUUAGUCCUCGGAAUUUCCUCGUGGCCGAUGAUCUAUCUAUCAAACUAUGCGAUUUUGCCGGGUCGGUCAUUAGCGAUAUGGAGGCAUACGUGGAGGAAGAAGACCGAUAUCGCUUAGCACCAUGGACACCACGGUCUUUCAAAACGGACUUGUUUGCUUUGGGAUGCCUGAUCUACGAACUUUCAGGAGGUACCCGGCCAUAUGACGAAAUCGAAGAUGUCAAAGAGGUCGCCAGGCUGUAUGCUAGUCAAAAUUUCCCGAAUCUUGACGGCUUCAAAUACCAAGACCUGAUCUACAAGUCCUGGACUUCUGCAUACACAACGGUGGAUAUGCUUCGGGAGGACUACUAUCGUAUUGAAAAUCCCGAUACUGUAUCGGCCGGUCUUGCUUCAAGCCUCUUGUGGAAGCCCGUUGUGGCAUCGGUGUUUGGUGCUAUUUGUUUUGGUUCCGUAGUUUUUUGGGCUCCAGAAGCGGGCUUUGAGAUGAUCGAAUUUUGCUUGUUGUACGCUCGCGCUUCAUGUUUGGAACUUUCCGCACUGUGUUCUUCCCGCUUGACCUGUUUUUCAAUUCGCGCUUCGGUAUAUGGCACUUCAAGUCGGCGGGCUUUCCUGUCCUAG